GGGAGAUCAAAAUAAGUAUCGAUUAGCGAUUUUUACAUGUGUGUAUCGGCAGUAUCGCCACUAACAAUACAAAAACUAAAAUAAUUGACCUAGAAUCUAGAUUAGAUUUCAAAUGGAUGAUCAACAAGAAACUUAUAAAUUAUGGAGAAUUCGAAAAACAGUAAUGCAACUGUGUCAUGACAGAGGCUACUUAGUGACCCAAGAGGAGUUGGACCAGACUCUAGAUGGGUUUAAACAACAGUUUGGUGAUAAACCCAGUGAAAGAAAACCCAGCCGGAGUGACCUCAUUGUAUUAGUGGCGCAUAAUGAUGACCCUACAGAUCAGAUGUUUGUGUUUUUUCCUGAUGAAAGCAAAGUGGGAAUUAAAACCAUCAAGACAUAUUGUCAGAGAAUGCAAGAGGAAAAUAUUAUGAGGGCUAUUAUUGUAGUCCAGAUGGGUAUGACACCUUCUGCCAAGCAGGCUCUGGUUGAAAUGGCACCUAAAUACAUAUUAGAACAAUUCAUUGAGUCUGAAUUACUGAUCAACAUAACUGAACAUAUGUUAGUGCCAGAACACAAAGUCAUGACUCCAGAAGAAAAAGUGGAAUUAUUAAACAGAUACAAAUUAAAAGAAUCUCAACUUCCAAGAAUUCAGCAAGGUGACCCAGUGGCGCGUUAUUUUGGACUCAAAAGAGGGCAGGUGGUGAAAAUUAUCAGGCCUAGUGAAACAGCUGGAAGAUAUGUCAGUUAUAGAUUGGUUGUUUAAUUCUUGUUAAGUAUGUUUUGUAAAGGUCAUGAAUGAAUUGUAUGUAUAGUAUGUUUGUUUUUACUGAAGUGUGUUCAUUUGUUGAGAUUAAAUACACAUUACAAAGAC